AUGGCAUCGAACGGGGAGCCCGAUGAAUCUCUGGGGUCCCAGUUAGCUGACGGUCCUCUACAGGCCUCUAGAGGCUCCGAGUCCACCCCGCGAGAGGCUCUGCGAUCGUGGGCAUUAAGUUCUCACACACCCCUAAUUCCUCUGACUAGUCUUCUCAGGAUUAUGAGGCCGCUGUUCCCGGAUCUGCCCUUGGACGCGCCAACGUUGCUGGGCGGACCAGUGGUGACGAGAAUGGGCAGCGGUGAGUAUGUCCACUUAGGACUUGUAAAGCAGUUAACUGACCAGUUACGUGUCUCUUCCAUGCAUGUAACAGGCAAUGAGGUAGUUGCACAUUUAGCUAUUGACGGACUACCUACACAUAAGAGACUCGGACAUGAAUCUUGGCCUAUCUUAGGUAGAAUAGUGGAACCAUUUAUCAGUGAAAUAUUUGUUGUAGGAAUUUAUAGCGGUCGCGGUAAACCCUCGGAUGUGCAGUCGUUUUGCGGACCGCUGGCUGAAGAGUUGUUAUCUCUGGCCAAGUGGGGUCUGCGUGUCGAUGUUAUCGACCGAACACUGCACUUCAAAUUGGCCGCAAUAAUUUGUGACGCGCCAGCUAGGGCUCUCAUCAAGCAAAUUAAGAACGUCAAUGCGUACUAUGGCUGCGAGAGAUGCUAUGUAAGGGGCGAAUACGUCGACGAGGUAGUGUACGACAGCGUAUCUAAACGUGCUAGGGUGGAUGAGGACUUUUUAUCCAGCCCCUAUGACUGUCACCGCAUUGGCGUUUCGCCACUGCUUGUGUGCAAUGUAGGAAUGAUUAGCUCUUUUCCUCUAGAUCCCCAUCAUUUAGUCUACCUAGGUGUCAUGAAAAGGCUUCUUAACUUAUGGCUGAAAGGUCCACGAGAUAAGGCCUUUAGGUUGUCAACUGCAGCAGUUAGCACAGUAAAUGCUAGGUUAAGAGCUCUGAGUCCGCACUUGCCGCGACAAUUUCCACAAUGCGAUAGAUCUCUCAGGGAUUUGAACAAAUGGAAGGGAUCGGAGCUUCGUCAGUUUCUGCUUUAUACUGGAGUAGUAGUCCUUAGAGGCAUUCUUCCUCGGAAGUACUGGAAACACUUUCUGCUCUUGUUCACAGCAAUACGUUGUCUCCUUCGUCCGCAGUCUUGCAGACAGUGGGUGCCUUAUAGUAAGAUCUUGCUGAAGAGGUUCGUUGAGAAAUUUACAGCCCUUUAUGGUAAAGCAGAAAUGGUGUACGAUGUUCACAGCAUUGUGCACCUACCAGACGAUGUUGUACGACAUGGUCCGCUUGAUAGCUUCUCGUCAAUCCCUUUCGAGGGUCAUUUGGACAAGGUGAAACGUAUGCUUAGAAAGCCAUUGCAGCCGCUCGAGGAGGUAGUGGGUAAGUUAGGGGAGUUGCAGGAUGAGCGGCGCGCAGUACCAGUAGACUGGACUUUUAACGAUGAGCACUGUGACGGUCCAGUUCCGCCAACGGGCGGGGCAUUUACGCAAUUUAGGUCGAUUCAGAAAGAAGGACUUCUCAUUGGUACGACUCCAUCAGAGGGGUCACUAGCAGUCGAUGGGAAGCUAGUGUGCGUGAAAAACAUAGUACGAUAUCCAGAUGGAGAGGUUGGACUAGUUUAUGUUGAGUACGAUAAUGUUGAAGAUUAUUUUGAUUAUCCUGCGAACUCAUCGAAUAUUAAAGUUUUUAAAGUUAGGAUGGGGACAGAUGUCAGCACGUGCCGAUUGCCAGCAGACGUUCGCAAAUACGUGUGCUUUCCCAUUACUGACUACUUCAUCUUGAUUGAAAUCAGAGGAGGUUGGGACAUGGAUUGCUGGAAGCACUGAGUCUUCGUGCAGUUCGUCGGGCUUUGGAUGACGCAGUCGGACGGUAACCUUUCCUCAUAUUCUCACGUAGUUCUUGUGAUCUCACUGUACCUCUCACCGUUCAUCGGUCACCAUCCAUGAAACCUACAACCCAACAGUCCCAUAGCUAUUGUUUCGUGGAUGGUGAAGGGAGGCAGUGAAUUAUUGCAUAGUUUUAACCCCCCGUAACCCCUUAUUGUAUUGUUGGGUUGUAGAUUUCUAUGUCUGA